AUGGGGCGGUUGGAGUAUUACAGGGGGGACUAUAACAAAUCUGGGUAUUUGAGUUACGAAGGUGUGGUAGGAGCACAUAUUGUAUUUUCGGCUUGUGCUUCUUGGCGACUAUCGGCAUUGGGAGCGGCUUGCUUUGGCUUUGGCGCAUUUCAUGUAACAGGAUUGUAUGGUCUUGGAAUAUGGGUGUCGGACCCUUAUGGACUAACUGGCAAGGUCCAACCUAUAAAUCCGGCAUGGGGCGUGGAAGGUUUUGAAACUAAGAGCGCUUUCUUAUCACAGUAG